AUGUCUCUGGCAAAUUACGAUGAUAUCGACAGUCUCCAGAAGGUCUUCGCAGGACCUGAAGCUGUGACUCUGACCUCUACCUGGGCAUCUGGCCGUCGACACCAACAAGCCCAGAACGUGAUUGAUGCUGCAAAGACUUGCGGGGUUCGUCGAAUCUGCUACACCUCUUUCGUUGGUGCCGACGACCCCGCCCCGCGUGACUACCUGUGGCUGUCAAAUUCCGGGGCGGUACCUGGUGCCUAUGUCGCGCGUGAAGAGUGCGGUCGAGUGCUGGCUCCCCUCCUCUUGGGUCGAGGUAAACCGAACACUGUGUAUAAUGUGACAGGCCUUGAGGCUAUCACCAACGAACAAGUGUUCCGAUGGAUCUGCGACAAUGUCAAGGAUCAGGGACACAUUAGCACUGUGUCUGAUCAGGAAAUGAAGGAUUACUGGCUGCAGCGUGGUUUGCCCACUCCAGUGUCAGGAGACUUCUCGCAGACACCUAUGAAGCUCUGCAUAGACGAUCUUUUGUGCUGUCGUGAGAUGGUUGCCAAAGGAUAUAUGGCUAAUGCUAACAAUGCUGUUGGGAUGCUUGCAGGGCGUAAACCACUCGCGUUCCAAGAUGCGUUGGCGAAGUAUACGGGUGUCCUCUCUUAG